UUGGCAUAAAGAAGAUAUCAGCGAACAAAUUCGUUAACAUAUUAUCGACCUCGGAGAACUGUAUAAUAAAUUUUAUAAUGCAGUAUAAUAAGAUCUUGCACAGUUCUGUAAUCGGUCCUCUUCAUCUUUUGGAAGUGGACAUAAAAAAUACCGCCUGCUCAUGUAAACUCUAGCUUGUUACAAGAUGCAAACACAUAGCCUAUGUGUUGUUACCUACUAGUGUCGAUUUUGACCGCAUGCUUAUCUUAUUAUAUUAGCAAUACAGUAUCUUCUUAUUUAAUAUAAAAUAACUCUACAAACCAAAAAGACAGCUGCCUGUCUUUAAAUUGAAAAUUAGGUUAUGUUUCCGGGGGAACAUAUAGAGCAGACACUCGUAAACAGCACGCUGGACAACCUGCACCCGGGGUUUUCUUUGCUGCAGGGUAUCCGUUGAAAUGUACCUUAUGUAGUUAGCAACGUGGUUGCCAGGGUUCGCCCACAGCCGAUUUUAUUUAUUUAUUUAUUUGACAGAACUACUGGUCGGAUUGCUGUGAUGAUGCAGCAUCCCGAGAAAGUUUCGGUGCCCGUGUAUACAGCGGUAGAUAGGGAGAUCUUCCUGAGAGAGAUUUACCCAAUGCGCACUCCGGCUGUGCUAAGGGGUGUCUCCCUUGGGUCUUGCCUUGACAAGUGGACAGUGGAUUACCUUCGAGAAAAGGGUGGUGACAGAGAGGUUAAAGUUCAUGUAUCUUCUGUACCACAGAUGGACUUCCUAAGCAAGAAUUUCCUGUACAGGACACUGCCAUUUGAUGUGUUUGUCCAGAGAGCUGCAGAGGCCAAACACUCUGAUUUCUUCAUCUCUGAGGAGGAGAGUUACUACUUGCGCUCACUAGGAGAUGACCCACGCAGGGAGCCUGCUGACCUGAGGAAGCAAUUUCCAGGCUUGGCGGAGGACUUCUCUACCCCAGAGUUCUUUGAGCCUGAGCAGUUUUUCUCCUGCGUGUUUCGCAUUAGCUCCUGUGGCCUACAGCUGUGGACACACUAUGACGUGAUGGAUAACCUGCUGGCUCAAGUGAGCGGGCGGAAGCGUGUAGUUCUGUACAGCCCUCAAGAUGCAGAAAACCUCUAUCUAUCAGGUGACAAGUCGGAGGUUCUGGAUAUUGAUUCGCCUGAUCUUAAGCAAUACCCGAGAUUUGUGAAGGCCAGGCGGUACGAGUGCGUGCUUGAGCCCGGAGACCUCCUCUUUAUUCCUGCUCUGUGGUUUCACAACACCCUUGCUCUGCAGUUUGGGGUCGGUGUUAAUGUAUUCUGGCGCCACUUGAAGGCUGAGAGCUACGACAAGAAAGACCCUUAUGGGAACAAAGACCCUGUGGCUGCCGCCAGAGCGAUGCAGGUUCUGGAGCGUGCGCUGCAGGCCCUGGAGGAACUUCCGCCUGACUACCGCGACUUCUAUGCUCGUCGCAUGGUCCUGCGUAUCCAGAGCUGUGCUUACUCCCGCAAGUCAGAGGUAGCAGUGCAGGGGUUCAGCCCCACUGAAACACUGACUGCCAGCGAUUCAGAGACUUCAGUUCCCAGCAGCCAGAUCACUCACCAGGACUGAACAUUUCGCCUUAUUCACAUCAUGUAUCAAGAUAACCAUUACAAUUCAAAGAUGUCAGGUUUCUCACCUUAUUUAUUUUGAUUUCCCCAUG